AUGCUUGCGCGGUAUGCUUCUUCUCCUCUUCUCGCCGUAGCAUGCUUGCUGGUCACAGCUGCUGCUGCUGCUGCUGAUUAUAAUUACACUCUGUCUAACACCUCUCGUUUUCAGAUCUCCCCCAAGGCCAUUGUAUCUGAUGCCUGCGCCUCCUACUCGACACUUGAACGGCUCAACCUGAAAGUCAAGCCGGUGGUUGAUGACCUCACACGCACCACAGAUUUCUUUUCUCACUACCGCCUAAACCUAUUCCACAAGAAAUGUCCAUUCUGGGACGACGAAAAUGGCAUGUGCGGCAACAUUGCCUGCGCAGUAGAGACGUUGGACAACGAGGAGGACAUCCCAGAGGUAUGGCGAGCCAGCGAGCUCGGUAAAUUGGAGGGACCCCUGGCGAAGCAUCCCGGGAAAGCCAUACAAAAGGAAGAGCCCAACAGACCCCUCCAGGGCAAAUUGGGUGAACACGUUGGCGAAAGCUGUGUGGUGGAGUACGACGACGAAUGCGACGAACGGGACUAUUGUGUACCCGAGGACGAGUCUGCCAGUUUCAAGGGCGACUACGUCUCUCUAUUGAAGAACCCAGAACGCUUCACCGGCUACGCCGGCCAGGGUGCGGCGCAAGUGUGGAAUGCCGUCUACCGAGAGAACUGCUUCAAGAAGGACUCCUUUCCACAUACUGCUGCCUUGGGCCAGUCUGCUCCGGCAAAGGGACCUGCAGCGCUCGACUUCAAGAGCGUUCUUGAGGCGGCUGGUCGACAGCAGGUGCUCGAGCAGGAGCGUGAGCAUACCCCAAACACUCCCUUUGUUGCAUCGACUGGUCUCGAGGUUGAGGAUGAGUGCAUUGAGAAGAGAGUAUUUUACAGGGUCAUGUCCGGCAUGCACUCCAGCAUCAAUACGCAUCUAUGCUGGGACUUCCUGAACAGGACCACUGGAGAAUGGACGCCCAAUCUCGAGUGCUAUGUCAGCAGACUGCACACGUUCCCUGACCGGAUCAGCAACCUAUACUUUAACUAUGCUCUGUUGACCCGAGCCAUUACCAAGCUAGGCCCACAUCUUCAAUCGUACACUUUCUGCACCGGAGAUCAGGACCAGGACUCAGCAACAAAAGCCAAGGUUCUAGCCGUCACUAAAGCAGCGUCAAGCGUUCCCCAGAUAUUCGACGAGAGCCUCAUGUUCAAGAACGGCGAAGGCCCAAGCUUGAAGGAAGACUUCAAGAACCGCUUCCGGAACGUGAGCAGGCUCAUGGACUGCGUCGGCUGUGACAAGUGCCGUCUGUGGGGAAAGCUGCAGACAGCCGGGUACGGUACCGCCCUGAAGGUCCUCUUCGAGUUCGACAACGACAGCCAGGAGAUACCCAUUCUGAAGCGGACCGAACUCGUCGCCUUGUUCAACACCUACGCGAGGCUGAGCAGCUCCAUGAACGCUAUCCAGAACUUCCGGGCUAUGGCUGCUGAAAAGGAGGCCGCUGAGGCUCUCGAGCGGGCCGAGAAGGCCAACGUCAUUCCUGACCGGGCGAAAAAGCCACACGCGGUUGGGACGGCUCAAGAAAGCGAUAAACCUUCGAAGCCGCUCAUGGAUUAUGAGUAUGACGACGAUCCAAUCGACGAGGAGCAUGGACCCACUGUCAAGGAACAGUUCGACGAGGAGAUUGCGAGGGUCAUCAAGGCUUUCAAAAUCGUGAUUAGAGGGUGGAUUCGUUUCCCGUUUACAUUGUACGAGAUAGCAACAACAGAAGCAUUGAGGCUAUGGCAGUAUUUCAUCGGCCUGCCUGUCAGCGAACGCACGUGGAAGUUUGAGCGGCCGAGCUUAGAUGAACUCUAA